AUGGCGGCACAGGACGCGCCAAAGCUGCUGUGGAACCCAGACAACGUCAAAGACGUCGCCGAGUCGGUCGGCAUCCCCAACCUCCACGACGACGCCCUGCGCUGCCUGACCCAGGAUGUCGAGUACCGCAUCGGCCAGGUCCUCGUCGAGGCCCUGCGCUUCAUGCGCGCCUCCCGCCGCACCACCCUGACCGUCAAUGACAUCAGCACCGCCCUCAAGGCCCUCAACAUCGAACCGCUCUACGGGUACGAUUCGACGCGUCCGCUGCGAUAUGGCGAGGCCAGCCUGGGUCCCGGCCAGCCGCUGUUCUACAUUGAGGACGAGGAGGUCGACUUUGAGAAGCUCAUCAACGCUCCUCUGCCCAAAGUGCCGCGUGAUAUGAGCUUCACAGCACACUGGCUCGCCAUCGAAGGCGUCCAACCCUCCAUCCCGCAGAACCCGACGACGGCCGAAUCGCGAAGCCAGGAACUCGUGCCCAAGGGCCCCGGCGCCAACCCUGCCCUCGCCGCCCUUGCCGGCAACGACAGCAUCUCCUUCCGCCCCGCCGUGAAGCACGUCGUCUCGAAGGAGCUCAUCCUCUACUUCGAAAAGGUCCAGAACGCCAUCCUCGACGACAACCCGGACGAGGAGGUCGUGCGCCUCCGCCACGCUGCCCUAGAGUCCGUCCGCGACGACCCGGGCCUGCACCAACUGAUCCCCUACUUCAUCAACUUCGUCGCCAACCAGGUCACCCACCGCCUCGACGACGUCUUCACACUGCGCCAGGCCAUGGAGCUCACGGCCGCCCUCAUCGCCAACACCAAGCUCUACCUCGAUCCCUACGCCAACGCCAUCGCUGCUCCUGUGCUGACGUGCAUCCUCGGCCGCAAGAUCGGUGCCGAGGACGGCGCCGACGCCAUGCGCGAGCAGUACCAACUCCGCGAGUUCUCGGCCUCCCUGCUCGGCCAGAUCGCCCGCAAGUACGCCGCCUCCAACAACCUGCUCCGCCCCAAGCUCGUGCGCACCUGCCUCAAGUUCUUCAUGGACCCGGACAAGCCCCCGGCCACCCACUUUGGCGCCAUCACCGGUGUCGCCUCCGCCGGCGGGCCCGAGGCCGUCCGCGUCCUCGUGCUCAAGUGCCUGCGCGCCUACAACGACAACAUCCUGCAGCCGCUCAGGGACCGUGGCGAGGGCGUCGAGUUCGAGAUGCUCGUCGGCGGCAUCCUCAAGGCCAUCGCCACCAUGAUCGAGGACGAGCGGGUUGCCGUCAACGGCAUCAAUGGCACCGCCAACAACUACGCCGCCGAGCUCAACGAGUUCAUCGGGCCCAUCUUGGGCGAGCGGCUCAACAGCCUGGGCAACCGGAGGCUGAUCAAGCACGUCCUGGAUGCCAGAAACAUAGAAUAA